UACUUCACUCGUGAAAAUCCUCUCCCCGGACCGAUUCCUCUUCCUCUAGUUGGUAAUAUCUCCUUAGUCUUUAAUGAUAUCGGCGAGUGGCCAACUCAACUCCAAAAGAAAUAUGGAGACCUUUAUGAAACCUAUAUAGGCACCCAAAGAAUUAUCUGGAUCUGUAGCGAAGAUUUGGUCCUCAAAAUGUUGAUACCAUCGGCUCGCAAUAACUAUCAUGGACGAACAAUCCCAGAUAACGAAGGCCUUAAUGAAGCUGGAUUAUUAAACACCGGACUUGUCUAUAACUUUAAUUUUAAAACUUGGGAAUAUUAUCGAAGGUUUUAUGCGAGGUCAAUAUUAAGACUAUCGUUUAUUGUUCAAGCCGCAGAUAGUGUCCAGGAAGUAUUUAGCGAGAUGGAGAAUUAUUGGGAACGGCUCGGAGAAGACACUGUUUUAGAAUUUUCUCAUUGGUCCAAAAGAUAUUUUAUGGAUACUAUAUUUUUUAUAGCCGCUAGUAAACGCAGAUAUUCAUUGGCUAGCUAUUAUAAUAGUGUUUCGAUUGAUAAAAAGGUUCAUGUGUCUGAAAGCAACUUGAAGGAAAGUGACACUUUCAUAGAUGCUGUUGAUGGCUUUUUAAUGUGCCUUCUAUACUUUUUAGUACUUCCAAAAUAUAUUCGAGACUUUCUAGGAAUCAGAAGAUACACCCAAAAUCUAAAAGAAAAAUUGAGCUGGCUAAGGAUGAACAUUCGUGACAUUAUUAAAGAGAGAAGAGAAGAGAUAGAAAAAACGCCCGAAAAUCAGGAGUUAGCCCAUGAUAUAUUAACAAUGUUUAUAACAAUCAAUACGUCACGUGACAUUACCGAAAGGAUUGCGGAUAGUUUACACGACAGACCCAUGACCGAUGAAGAAAUCUGUGGACUCUUUAUAGAAACUUUAUCAGGUGGAAUAGAUACGUCGUCCAAUAGUAUCUGCUUCAUAAUUCAUUAUUUAUCUAAUUAUCCAAAAGUUAAAGAAAGACUGAUAGAAGAGAUUGAUCGAGUCGUGGGGAAAGAUUUAAAUCAUAAGGUUACUUAUGAAGAAAUAGGAAAACUCGAAUAUUGUGAAGCUGUAAUUAAUGAAUGCUCACGGAUAUUCUCAACUUUUCCAAUGGGAACCAGAACAAAUACUAGUCCUGAUGAGAUUGAUGGUCUGACGUUUCCCAAAAACACACAAUUCUUCAUCAAUUUCCAAGGGAUUCAUAAACACAAAUCUUUAUGGAAAGAUCCGGAAGAAUUCAAUCCGGAUAGGUUUAUGGAUAAAAGCAAUACAGAAAUCAAAAAUCAUCUUUACACUUUUGGUGGCGGACUGAAGAAGUGUCCUGGAAGAAACUUGGCGAUGUUAGAGUUAAAGCUUACUCUGGCGCUGUUAUACAGAAAGUAUGAUGUUGAACUGGUGAAUAGGGAUGCCCCGAUAAAAUUUAGUACCACCGCACUUAGGACUUGCCAUGAGCUGAAAGUUCGGAUUAAGAAAAGAAAGACUUAG